AGAACAUGAACAUGAAUUUGAAGGUCAUGAAGAAGAAUUAGAAGCACCAAAAGAUUCAUUAUGGAGAGAUGAAUAUGAAAUGGAGAAAUCUGCAAAUAUAGUUUAUCUUUUACGCUUGGAAUUGCUUCAGGGUUGAUACCAAGAGAAAUCAAUAAAAAAACAAAGUAAAGUAAAAUAUUACUGAUUAGAUUUCUGUAUUCGCCAUUGAUAUUAUCAUUAGGAAUAAUAAUAGGGUUAAUUUAAAAAAGUUUAGGUUAUAUAGGAGAAAGUGCAAGUAUAUUAUCAAAAAUGCAUCCUCAUCUGAUUUUAUUUGUUUUUGUUCCAGUAUUGCUUUUUGAAUCAGCAUUUAAUUCCGAUUGGU